UACUCAAAAUGAUCCAUGUGGCCCGUCGGAGACACUACUAGAAGAUCCCUGCUAGGUCUUCACUCUGAUCUCUGACUUGAAGGAUUUCAGAUCUUUACAAUCUCCGCGUCGCGAAUUCCAUGACUUAUCUCUUUUAUGAAUUAUAAGUUUGAAAGUUCUCGUGUUUAAAUGAAAAGUGAAGUUUGUGCUCGUUAUUUUUUAUCACAAACAUUUUGCAAGAUAUUACUUGCUACUACAACUCUACAAGAAUUUAUUUCAGACCCGAAGGCUCGCUCAGUGAAGCAUGUCAAAAUUGGAAAAAUGGUAGAUUGCAGAUUGAAGAUUAAAAAUUGAAAAUUCAUCGUGAGACGGUAAAAUGAGUGCGUUUAGUGUGUGAGAUAAUAAAAAGGUGAACCAAGAUAUCAUAUUAGAUAUCAAAGGGAAGUGUUUUGACAGCGACUGUGGAAGUUGUUUGUGAAAUGAUGACCUUCAUGACAGACGUAGGAUCUUACCAGUACGAGUCGUAUGAUACUUAUCAUCACCAUCAUAGACGACAAUUUUACUCGUCGAGUGAUGCUGCAUAUUUGCAGAGAUACGUGUCUGAGAGAGAUAGGGAGGAGCAAACGAGAACCGCAAGUGCUGAUAGCAGUUUGGCAUCAACCGGAAGUGUCAACUCAGUGGAUUGCCGCCACGAGCAUCUCAGAUCCCAAUCUCGUUAUUUACCUGAUUCGGAUGAUGCAUCCUCGAUAGUGUCGGCAGAUGCGUCGGCAGAUUUGGGAUCACCAUCAGCAGAUGGUGAGGAAACGACAGAAAGCGAAACGGUGGAACAUGUGCCGCUUCCUCACGUUCUGGACGCUGGCUCACCCCAUGGCCCACGAAGAUGCCUCCUCUGGGCUUGCAAGGCUUGCAAAAAGAAAACGGUCACGGUUGAUCGAAGAAAGGCGGCCACUCUCAGAGAAAGAAGGCGACUCAGGAAAGUGAAUGAAGCUUUUGAAGUGUUGAAGAGGAGAACCAGCAACAAUCCUAAUCAACGUCUACCAAAAGUAGAGAUUUUACGAAACGCUAUAGAAUAUAUUGAAAGUCUUGAAGCAAUAUUGCAAGGUAAUCGAACGCCAGGACAGAAUCACGAGUCGAUGGAGAAUAUGGUGAGCUGA